AGGGAAAAAAACGACGACGCAAAUGAAGGAACAUCUGUGAUGGGAGAGAGGAUCCAGAUUUCAUUCAUACAUCCGCUGGUGGGCUAUUUUUGGCUGAUCAGUGAUCACUCUCUACUGUUGCACCAGAGAAAGUGAGAAAGUGACCAUGGCCCUCGCCGUCGCCCAGCCUUCGGAAAUGGAAACUUUUCCCGAAAACGACGCUGGUGACCGCCCCUGCUCCUCCCUCUCCACCACCUCCACCUCCGUCCUCAACAGCGAAGUAACCCAACUCUUGACAAAAAUCCGCCGCCUGACCGCCACGGACACCUCGAUCCAGGACCAAUUGAAAAUCUUUGUCCAGGAAUGGAAGCACGAAACGGUGAAGGAAAAGGAAGAGCUGGAAAAGUUGAAAAAUCGAGUCCAGAAAAGAAAGGCCACGCGGACCCUGCAAGAAUCGACCUUGGCGGAAUUCCGCCUGCGCGAAGAACAGCUCCGCGCGGAACAAGCGGAAGAAGAGCGCGAGCGGAAAAUCGCUGAGAAAACCAAGCGGCUCGAAGAUGCGGAACGGAGGAGGUUAAAUUUGAUGCAGGAAUAUAAGGAGAAUAACAAAGGGAGGAAUUUCGUCAUUGAAAAGACCGCCCCCUCUUUAAUCCCCCUGGAGGCCACGCCCACAAACCAACUAACCCCGGAUCAGAUAGCAAUUUUGAAAUCGACCGCAAUGUCCCAGAGGAUCAAACCCUUGGGGGCGGAGGGUUUGGGGAAGGAGAGGUUAAAACGGAAAGUGGGGGAAUUGUGGGGGGAGUUGGUUAAAUUACAAACGGAGGUUUACGAUCUGGAGGAGAUUCACAAGAGGCAGGAGUAUGAUUUUAAAGAACUGAAAGAGCGUGAAAAACAGCAAUUACGUCACAAAGCCAUGAAAUUGGGACUACCUGCAGAGGCGCUGAUGGGGAAAUACCCGCCCAAAAUCCUGGUGGCCUCAAAGUACGAGAGACGCCUGGGUUUGAAACCCUUUGGGGAAACGAAGGAGUUGUUCGAGGGGGGCUUCAUCCAGCAGUACCGAGAGAACGUGGACCGGACGUGGAAGGAUCGCCAGGAGGUGUUUAUGAAGGGAGGGGCCGUGGGGGACAUACCCCCGUGGCUGGAGGACAUGCCAAAGAGGUGGAGGGGGGAGGAGCUAGAGGAGGGGGAGCAAGUGGGUGGGGAGGAGGUGGAGAAAGAGGAGGGGCGUGAGGAAGGGGAGGAGCCAAAAGAGGAGGAGGAGGAGGAAAUUGAAGAGGAGGAGUCAGAACCACACCCCCAACCACAAAAACCCGCCGCCCCACCCACGACCACACCCCCCACCACCAAUGACUCGACUAUUUUAGAAGAGAGCGAAGAAGAAGAAGAGGAGGAGGAGGAAGAAGAAGAAGAAGACGACGAAUAAUAUAUUUUCAUAAUUAUAACAUUUCCAUGGCAACGAAAAAAUAAAUAAAUUUGUGCAAUGUCAAAAGGACACAGACGGGUGUUAGAGGAA